GGCAUGGAUCACCGCUCGUUGCGGCGUAAAAUCCUGGAGGAAAUGUGGGACAAUACGGAUUCAAUGAAAUCAGAGGAGCAGGGAAUAUCUUGGUUAGUCCAACUGAAAGAGGACAUCAGGAGGAUACAGGAGGAGGGUAGCAGUGCUGAUGAUGAUGAUGCCGUAGACUGUGACGAAGAAUGGAACGGAGAGGGCGGGGUUCAGUUACCUAGCAAUGGGUUGGAGGUGGAGCCCAUGAGUUCCAGCCAAUCUGAUGAUGAUGGCGAUUUAGACUGUGAUGAAGAAAGGGACGAGGAGGUCAGGGAUUGGAUGGCUAGCGAUGGGCUGGAGGUGGAGUUGUCUCCAGAGAGGCACACACCAGAGCAGAGAGUGAGAGAGGACAAGCCUCCCCGGCCCCCCGCCACCCUCUCGAAGUCCCCGGGUCGUGCGUCCCGCGGUAGCGCCCUACUGCGCUGUCUGAAGAAGAGGGUGUCUGUGCAGCUAGACGACAGCAAGACAACUCGCACAGGAGAGAAAUCUCACCGCCCGUCUAGAGCUAAACGAUGCAAGAAAACUCUCCCAGGAGACAGGCCUGGCUCCCAUAUCUGUGAUCACUGUGGGAAGAAUUUAGGAAGUCAAAAGCCUGAAAAGCCACAUGCGCGUUCAUACCGAAGACAAACCUCAUGAGUGCUCCGAGUGUGGGGAGACGUUCCGUCUGUUAAGAAGCCUUAAAAAACAUCAGAAACUUCACACUGGUGAGGUCAGAGGGACGAAGAAAGUCAAAGUCCCUCAUCCGUGUCCUCACUGCGGGACGAUGCUAGCUUCAAGAAAGAAUUAAAGGAUCAUCUGAGAAUCCGACACACUGAGAAAACUCAGCUCUGCUCUGAAUGUGGCAAGAGAUUCUCUAGCACCUACGCCCUGAGGAAACACCAGAGACUACACACUGGGGAGCAGCUCCACCUCUGCCCUGACUGUGGGAAGACCUUCUAUACUCAGGCACACUUGAUAUCUCACCAGAGGGUCCAUGCUGAACACAGGGAAAGGCCGCAUGUGUGUCCCGUCUGUGGGAGGGGCUUUACAGCAGCUUCGUCCUUGAAGUCACAUCAGAGUAUUCACACCGGAGAGAAACCUUACCUCUGCGCUGAAUGCGGAAGAGUUUCAGAACAUUAGGACACUUCACAACACACCAGAAGCAGCAUGUCGAAGCAAAGCCAUCUUUCCCUUGCCCUGUUUGCAAUCAGUGUCUCUCAACAAAGCGCAACCUGAUAUUUCACCAAAGAAUGCACACAGGAGAGAAGCCUUACCACUGCUCUCAGUGUGACCGGCGCUUUGUUAAUGAGCAGAAAUUGAAAAGUCAUCAGCGUGUACACACUGGAGAGAAGCCCUACCUUUGCUCCCAGUGUGGGAAAAGUUUCGCUCUUUCACAAAAUCUUAAAAAGCAUCUCAGGGUGCAUUCAGGUGAGAGACGUUACAGAUGUACCUAUUGUGUAAAGAGUUUCAUUUCUUCAUCUGGUCUGAAAUCACACCUGCAAACGCACACUGGAGUGAAACCCUGCCACUGCCCAGAAUGUGGGAAAGGUUUCUCAGAGAAGAGAGCUCUGAAGAAUCACAUGCUCACACACGGGAGAGAAACCGCUCCAACGUUCCAAUGUCUGUAAGAAUGUAACUCAGCACCAGCAGAUACACGCUGGGGUUGAAGAGCAUAAAUAACUGCCAUUAGAAUGAGUCGCUCUGGAUAAGAGCGUCUGCUAAAUUACUAAAACAUUUUUAAAUAAAACAUAGAUAUUGUACACCGCUGCCUUCCCGACUCCCACGUGAUAGUUCAUUUCUGUCUUAUUUUCUCUGAAAAGACUUUACCAAGAAACUACCAUUAACUAGUUAUUUUGUGUCUGGGUGUUCUGUUUAUGAAUUGUCUGCUUGCUUUGAACUGUUCUAGCUAGCCUGAAUCCAGAACCUGUUUUGUGCUAAUAUGUGUGUGUAUAUAUAAAUGUAUAUAUGACUCCCAUUUUGGCAUGUAUUUAGCAGUGUAUGGUGCAGUACCAAUGUGGACACAAAAAGGACACCACCACGCCUGUUAUUUUUGUUGUGAGGUUGCUUCACUUGUCUUCUACUAUGGUUGGCUCGCACUAUGGCCGUUUUUAGAAGAAGUCUGCCAAGACAACUGUACAAAUCUGAACGAAGCAACUAGAUAAAUACAUUAUGACAUUUUAGUCCCGAGGUAACGAACACGCCUGCACUGAUCUGCCUCGUAUCUUUUGCAUAGAGUUGAUCAAAAGGACUCCGACUACAAUGGGCUGUUAUUAUAAUGUUCAAAAAUAAUACUGAAGUGAAUUUAUUUGUCAAAACAGGCUGAUUUAAGCC